AUGCCGGAGUAUAUCAAGUGUUUUUUGGGUAUCAUGGGCCUGGAGGUUGAUACCUAUGAUCAUUUGGACAGUCGCAAGCUGGUCCCUUACCAAUGCGUCAUGCGACGCAGCGACUGGGAGAUGGCGAAGCCAAGGUUCUUGGAAGUCUUUCGCCUGGCCAAGACGGCUUACCGCCGCUGCAACGGCGGCACAGUGGCGCCCGGCAUCCAGGAGGCAGAGGCAGCGCGCAAAAUCCCCGACGUGGAGCUGGGGCAGGAGGACGUGCGCCACCGCACGGGGAGGGCCGACCCCUGGGUGAUCCGCAAGACCUUCCUGGACGUCCACGAGGGGCCGGAGAAUGGUGGCCGACCGGAGAGAAGGCCCAGAACCACCAAGUUCUGA